AGAAAGGUGUCUCCUUGAGCAACGGCGUUGUUAGAGAUCCAAUACCAAUGGCAUAUACCAAUUCUCCAAUUCCGAGUUGCAGAGCUUAAAAGUUAAUGCAAAAAUCAAAAACAAUAAUAUAAUAUAAUAAUAUAAAAGAGGCAUAGCCAGCAAAAGAAGAAAGGUAAACCGAUGGCAGUGAGUAACUGGAUUGAAGCUGGUGUUGUUCCUCAUCCUCAUGGUCAUUGAUUGGAUCCCCAUACCCAUUUCAUUUUUCUAAUGUCUUCUCUCUCACUCCCACGUGCACUCUCUCCUCUUCCUCACUCUCCCUUUCACUCUAAAAUGAAAUCCUAAAUAAAUCUUCAUUCACACCUUCUCUCUCUCUCUCUCUCUCUAUUUUAUUAUAUAUAUAAUAUUUGAGAAAGAGCCAUUUUUUCCAGUGAAAGCGACCUCCUUUACAUUGCCCUUUUAAUUAGAGUGCAAAAGGGUGCUGUGAUUCCACAAGGGAUUUGCAUGCCCAUUUGAGUUUGAACUUUGAACCCUUUCCAUCAAUAUAACCUUUCCUGCGUAGUAUCGUUGUUGGGUUUGAGGAUUUGAUUAUGGAGAGGUACGAGGCCGUGAAGGAUUUGGGAUCUGGGAAUUUUGGGGUGGCUAGGCUCAUGAGGAACAAGGAAACCAAGGAGCUCGUUGCCAUGAAAUACAUCGAGCGUGGCCACAAGAUUGAUGAGAAUGUGGCGAGAGAGAUUAUCAACCACAGGUCCCUUCGGCACCCCAAUAUAAUUCGCUUCAAGGAGGUGGUUUUGACCCCCACUCAUUUAGCAAUAGUAAUGGAGUAUGCAGCUGGAGGAGAGCUCUUUGAGAGGAUUUGCAAUGCUGGCAGGUUCAGCGAAGAUGAGGCUAGAUAUUUCUUUCAGCAGCUGAUAUCUGGUGUACAUUACUGUCAUACCAUGCAAAUAUGCCACAGAGAUUUGAAGCUGGAAAAUACCCUUUUAGAUGGAAGCCCUGCACCCCGCUUGAAAAUUUGUGACUUCGGUUAUUCCAAGUCAUCUUUGCUUCAUUCACGACCCAAAUCAACUGUUGGAACUCCAGCUUAUAUAGCACCGGAGGUCCUUUCUAGGAGGGAGUAUGAUGGCAAGUUGGCUGAUGUAUGGUCAUGUGGAGUGACUCUUUAUGUCAUGCUGGUUGGAGCAUAUCCCUUUGAGGAUCAGGAUGACCCUAGGAAUUUUAGGAAAACAAUUCAGCGUAUAAUGGCUGUUCAAUACCAAAUCCCUGAUUAUGUCCACAUAUCUCAGGAUUGCAGACACCUCCUUUCUCGUAUAUUUGUUGCAAAUCCAUUGAGGAGAAUUACUCUUAAGGAAAUUAAGAACCACCCAUGGUUUUUAAAGAAUCUUCCAAGGGAGCUAACUGAAUCAGCUCAAGCUAUCUAUUACCAGAGAGGCGGAAACCCAAGCUUUUCUGUUCAAAGUGUGGAGGAGAUAAUGAAAAUUGUGGGGGAGGCAAGAGACCCUCCUCCAGUAGCUAGGCCUGUGAAAGGUUUUGGGUGGGAAGGAGAAGAAGAUGAAGGGGAAGAAGAUGUGGAUGCAGAGGUGGAGGAAGAGGAGGAUGAAGAAGAUGAGUAUGACAAGAGGGUCAAAGAGGUUCAUGCAAGUGGAGAAUUUCAAGUCAAUUAAGCAGUCUAAUUCUUGUGUACUUGUUUUAAGUAUUUUUUUUUUUUUUUAUGUUAGAAGUCACCUAUUUAUGUGUAUUAUAAUUUAUAACAAGUACUAUAAACCAACGAGGCAGUAUAACUAAUAGUAAUAUUCAUGUAAUGUACUACCUUGAUCACCUUGGACUAUGAGAACAGUUGUUAUCUGAUAACAUUCUAAAUUACC